AAUUGGGUUUUCCUCACGAGGUUUUGCUUCUUAUCACAGGACGGAGUGUUUGAAUACGACGUCUCGUAUCCAAAAAGCUAUGGGCCGCAGAAUUUUCUCCUUUAUUUCGAUUCCGUCUAUCAAUGGCCAGCCGUUUACAAGACAUCCAAAACGUGCGACGAAAGGCACAAGAUUUUGGACAACGAUAACAAUCAAAUAAUCAGUUUAACCAAUUUUACGACUCAAAUCAAGUCGACCCACGCGUCCGGUUGUGGUGAGUAUCGGGAAAAGUAUGACAACAACACAGUGUGGUAUCGCUGCACACAUUACCGCAAAUUUCACUCAUAUCGGGAGCGCUGGUGGUUCAUCGCACUCGACAAUUGCCGCUCAACUCAGGGAUUGCGUUUGAGGUAUAAGAUAACAAUGACCAACAAUGUCAACGACGGAUGGCUCAGGCAUUUCUCAGCCGAUGAGUUUUAUAUAUUACAUACGGAUCUCAUAUUUACGAUACUAUAUUACGCUCUAUUCAUCGCAUCGUGUUUUGAAGCCUAUAUAUUACAUACGGAUCUCAUAUUUACGAUACUAUAUUACGCUCUAUUCAUCGCAUCGUGUUUUGAAGCCUGUAUGCAGUGGUCACCAAAACAUAUACCCAGGGAUCACCUCAUAUAA